AUGUCGCUGCGCGCUUGGCGCUGUGGUGGCCGCAUCGAGAUCGUCCCCUGCUCCCGAAUGGGCCAUGUGUUUCGUGCCAAGAACCCAUACAUCGUCCACGUGCCCGAGGUCAUGAAGAACACCAAGCGUGCAGCUCUGGUGUGGCUAGAUGACUACAUGGAGGACUACUACAAGAAGGUCCCUUACGCCCGAAGGAUUCAGGCUGGCGAUGUCUCAGAGCGCUUGCGCCUGAAGGAGUCGCUGCAUUGCCAGUCCAUGGACUGGUACAUCGACAACAUCUAUCCGGAGCUGCGCGCGGAGAGGCCGCCCUGA